AUGCCACCCGUUACACGCGCGGUACAUAAUCAGGAGCGUGGCAUAGGCGAGGACUUUAGACCUGGCGCGGCGAGCAGCGACUACAGUGACGACUGUUAUGACCAUGACAGCGACGAGGACGAUAUCACGGUUGAGCCUGGCGUCUCAUGCCUGCCCCGCGCACCGGGGGCAGACAAACCCACAUCAGCCAGUGGCCGCACCUCCGCAACACAUGGUUCCAGCCGGUACCGGGCUGAGGCGACUUCUGUGUUUCGUCAGACCGCUGGACGCUCGUCAGCUGGAGUAGACGUUCGCAGCUUGGCCCGAUCAGGUCGCGGUCCCAGCGAUCUUACGGAUCGCCUAGGACGUGUUACCUUGAAUGAACCGGUCGGCUGCACAAGCAGGCUAUCACAUUUGGAAGAGAUUGGCGGCAAGCUCGGCCGGAAGGACUUGGAGGCUGCAGGGCGGCUCUCAUCAUCGGGAGUACAACGGCCUGGCAGCGCCACGGCUGCAAAGGACCAGCACCGUAAACCUAAUGGCCCAACCCUUGUGAUGCCCUUCGAUCGGGACACACAUACGCUGCGCCACAGGCGCGUUAAGGAGGACGACGAUGACGAGGGUGAUGUCGCGUUUUCCGAUCCUGACAAGGAACACACGGCGCAUGCGGCCUCCAUGGAGGACCUGGGGUGGCUGCCGCCAGGCGGCAGGACGGGUGCACCUGGAAAGAGCGCACAAAAUCCUUACCCGGCGUGGCUGGCAGGCGUUGAAGGUCCGGUGGACGCCCGCCUCGCAGAUGCGUUGCUUGCGCAGGGCCAGCUGAGUCCCCAGGAAAGCACUCGCAGCUUUGCAAGCCGUGCAACCAGUCGGUGUUCCAUUGGAUCCAAGCGGGGGGCGAAGAAGGUCGACCGUGUGCAGCGCUACCAGCAGCUGCAGCAGGAAUGGAGCCAGAAUAGUCGUUGGUCUAAAGCUAAGCAUUGCAUAUUAUGCAGGUUCCUAAAGCAGGCCGGUGGGACCAGCCGAGGCACCAGUCGAAAGCCCAUCAACUUCCACAGCCACUUCGCCAGCCUCCACGCAGCGGAGGAAGCGGAGAGGCAGCGUAUGCUGCGUGAGACGCGCGCACGAACCAAGAAAGAGCUGGGCGCUGCCACAGAGGCGCCGACCGCCAACCGGCGUGAUGAGCUGCGAUGGCAAACCCGCAUGCGACUCAGGGAGCAGACAUAA